CUCAAUUUCAUUCUCACAUAUUAUUAUUCUCUCUCUUCUAUUCUCCAUGUCCUCCGACGAAGAAUCCACCGGCGAUCCUCCAUCCUCCACCGGCGCCGCCGCAACGCACAAUGUAUAUUCCGUCGAAAAAGCUCGAACCGCCAUUGCAUCACUCUCCCGAAUCUUAUCUUCCGUUCCAUCAUCUCUCUCAUCUUCCGAAAACCCAGCCCUAUCCCUCCUCCUAGAUACAUCAAUCGCCAAACAGAUUUCCGCUCUCUUACGAAGCCCUACAGCCGGCGCCGGCGACGAUAACCUCUGCCGAUGGCUCUACGACACAUUUCAAUCCGGCGAUUCCGCUUUACAACUAAUCGUCCUCCGUUUCGUCCCCGCCGUAGCUGGAGCCUACCUCCCUAACGCAGGAGCAUAUCUCGUCGGAGCACUCCUCAAACGACGAUCUCUCGCCGGAUUCGAAGCCGUUCUCCUCGCUCUCUAUGCACACGAAACCUCCGCUCGUAACGGCCAGGCCGUAACCGUCAACAUCCCGGACCUAUCUCACUGCAGUAUCUACCACGAGACGAAACUUACGGUUAAGAAUUCAUCAACCGAUCUUAAUCUAGCAGUUCUCUCGCCAUCAUUAGAACCACACGGAACCGUCCGAUCAACUCGCCGGGCACGUAUCGUCGGCGUAGCGCUGGAGCUCUAUUAUGGUAAAAUCUCGCAAAUGCCCUUAGGUUCGAAACUCGAUUUCUGCGAGUUUUGCAGAAUCUGGGCAGGGCAAGAUGGGGAAAUGUAUAAAAAUUGUCUUGAGGAAGAUGAAGAGGUGAUACGUAAAAAGCGUGAAGAGGAAACGAGAGAAAGAGAUGAGAAGGUGACGAAGAGUGGUGACGUGGAGGAGAGAGAAAGCGGGAAGAUUCAACUUCCAUGGGAGCUUUUACAGCCGGCGUUGAGGAUUCUUGGACAUUGUAUUAUGGGACCUAUGAAUAAGGCUGUCGACGGCGGCGAUAAGUUGCAGAAGGCGGCUUGUAUUGCUUGUAGGGCGUUGUAUGCUAGAGCUCUUCAUGACGUAAGCCCUAGGGCAAUUUUGGCAACUAGUAGUCUUCUUAGAUUGGCUAAACUGGCUGAAGAGGCACAGAAAGAUAGAUUUGACCCUACUGAUAUUCCGGUCACCGCUGUUAUCAAUGUUUAAUGGUUUGUUUUCUUCCCGUUUUGCCCUUCUCCAUUUUGUUAUUAUAU